UAUCCUGAAAUACCCCGAUAUGUCUUCCCGAAUAUAUUUGAGUCCGAUUUUUAGUGACUUUAAAUGGAGCAAAAUGAAGACGAAGCAGUUCAACAAGAUAUAAAAAGUGAAAAUGAGGAGAAAGGCAAAAUUGAAGAGAUUGGAAAAAAUCAACAAGAAAAUGAUGAAAAAGAGGAAAAUUAUCAAAAAGAAGACGAAAAUGAGGAUCAAAAAAUAACCAAUAAUUUGUAUUUAAUUAAAGAAGCUUGGUUAAAAUUAAAAGAAAUUGAAGACAAUUUGGAAGGAGUUGAUUUGUCAAAAAAUAAAAUUAAUUUAAUAAAUGAAGAAUCAAAAGAAUAUUUUGAAUUGGAUGGGCAAUUGAAAGAAGAAAGGGAAAAUCAUGAGAAAAAAAUUAAAUUAAUUGAAGAGGAUACAACAGCAUUAGCGAAAUGUUUUUCAAUUUCGCAGCAAAAAUGUAAUGUUCAAAGAAAAGAAUUAAAAAAGAAGGAGAAUGAAAUUUUGAAAAAUUUGAGGGAAAUUGAAGAAAAAAUGUUUAAUUCUCCCUCAACUCCAAUGAGACAAACAACACAACAACUAACAAUAAGGCCGCCAGCAAUGCUUCCAACAACGCCUUUUCUACUCCAAGCUAUUAAUGCUACAAUACAACAACAAUUCCAACAAGGACUUCAACAAUUACAACAACAAACUUCCCAACAUCACAAUGCUUUAAAUUUACAACAACAACAACAAAGUUUGCAAAACAUGCAAAAAUUGAAGAAAUGUCAACACUGCCCGAGUUUUAUACAUCGAAACGCGCCUACUUGCCCCAAUUGUAAACAAAAAAUUGUUUCUAAAACAUCAAAAAGAGUUCGAAAAAAUUAA